CCAAACAACGCUGUUAUUUUGAGGAAGUAGUUUCUCGCUGUAUUGAAAACAAUCCUUUUUCCCUCGUGUCGCUGUUGAAAACACCGGCGAUUUUCUUCUUCAUUCUGCACCAAAUUAAACUACUAAUCCAGCAAAAUGGCGACAAUGCCGAUGAACCCCAAACCCUUCCUCAACAGCCUCACUGGCAAGCCGGUGAUGGUGAAACUCAAAUGGGGCCAUGAGUACAAAGGAUACUUGGUGUCUGUGGAUGGAUACAUGAAUUUGCAGUUGGCCAACACUGAAGAGUACAUUGACCACAUUUGCACCGGCAACUUGGGAGAAGUUUUGGUCAGGUGUAACAACGUCCUGUACAUCCGAGGCAUGGAUGAGGAGGAUGAAGAUGGCGAAAUGAGAGAAUAGUUGAAUGUGAUUUUACACUGUGUGAGUGCGAAAAUUAUGCAAGUGAGUUUAUUUUUCUUUCUCAGGCAUUAAAUGAGAGUGUAAAUGUC